GGUUACGAUUCUGUUCCUUAUCGGAUCCAUUCGAGAACGAGGCUUCCAUUAGCUGUGAAAUCGGACCCUCUCAAACCGCGGCUGGAUCAGAUCCGGAAGCAGGCCGAUGACCAUCGGGCUUUGCUUCACGCCUAUGCCUCUUAUGCUCGAAGGCUUAAACUGGAGUACGCGAAGCUUGUUAGGGUGUUUGCAGAUCUUUCUCAGAACUAUACGGAUCUCAAUAAUAAACCUACUUAUCGUAGUCUCUUUGAGCCUGAAACGGCUUCCGUCGAUGAGGCUUUGGUUCGUCAGUUUGAGAAAGAGGUAAAAGAGCGUAUUAAAGUUACGAGACAAGUGAUUGCUGAAGCAAAAGAAUCAUUUGACAACCAACUCAAGAUCCAGAAGUUGAAGGACACGAUUUUUGCAGUGAAUGAGCUGUUGACAAAAGCCAAGAAACAAGGAGCUUUUUCGAGUUUAAUCGCUGCAAAGUCUCUUCCAAAAAGCUUGCACUGCAUUUCAAUGAGGUUGAUGGAGGAGAGAAUUGCACAUCCAGAUAAAUAUUCAGACGUAGGAAAACCAGUACCACCAGAAAUAGAGGAUCCAAACCUUUACCAUUAUGCAAUAUUCUCAGACAAUGUAGUU